AGACUGUAUGGGCAGCUGGAUGGGUCGUUGUGUCCCGUGGGCCAGAGCAAGGGCGCCUGCCUGCCAGCGCCCUGCAGAGGCCCACUGGGGACACCCAGCCCUGCCCUCACAGAGGGGGAGCAGGGCCAGAGGGCAGUGCACAGUGGCCACCGAGGCCAGGUGCUGUCCUGGUCACCGGUGCUCAGGGCACUACCAGGACAGGCAGGUGCCCUCCCACCUUACAGGUAGAGAAACCAGGGCGUGUGCUCUGGAUGACAGCCUCACCCAGGCCUCUCCGGGGCACUUUGCUGCCGCCCUGGGGGAGCUCUGCGGUAGCCCCCACUAACUCCGCUGGGCGCGUGGGGCUAUUUGGCGGCUGUCCAGGAAACUGCCAGCCCCCGGUGUCUCUCUGGACGGCUGUUUUUCAGAGGCUGGAGGACACCGUCUUGAGUCCCAUGGCCAGCAGAGAAGACCGGGCACUGACCGUGCGUGGGGAAGGCUGGCCGGCUUUGCCCACCCCUGUGCCCGCCCGAAUCCGUGAGAUCGUAGCUGGCAGCCUGAGGGACGAACCACACCAAGGGCUGCAGCAGCCGCCGGCCGUGUCAGCAGGGGUGCAGGAGGAGAACGAGCGUCUGCAGGAGGAGCUGUCCAGGCUGGGGGAGCUGCUGGCCCAGGCAGACGCAGAGCAGGACGAACUGGCCGGCAGGUACCACGCGGUCAGUGCGCGGCUACAGGCCCGUCUAGAAACUACCGAGGCUCGGCUGCGGAGGUCGGAGCUGGAGCAUAGCGCGGACCUGGAGGAGGCCCUGGGCCGUUUGGAGGCCGCUGAGCAGAGGAGCACGGGGCUCUCCCAGGUGAACACCCUUCUGCGGGAACAGCUGGGGCACAUGAAGAAGGCCAACGACAGGCUGGCCGAGGAGCUGGCCAGGACGACGGACGGCGUACUCCAUCUUCGGGGCCAGCUGGAGCUGACGGAGGCACGGCGCCGGGCAGAGACACAGGUGCUUUGCCCGCUCCUGCCCGUCGGCAGGGGACACCUGAUCGGGUGCUUUGGCUGGCGGUCACUGCCCCCUGGAGCAGGGGAUCUGCACCUUUUGGGAAGACGAGCCCCUGGGAAAAGGGGCUGCAGAGCCACGGGUGAUAUGGGUGUGCUCCCCACAGAGGAUCCGGGAGAGGCGGUGUGGAGAGGCCGGUGGGGUUGCAGGCUGCACUCGCCUCGCACGCCUGAGCAGACUCAGGCCUCUUGCUCGCAGAUCCGGCGCCCACGCUCGGGGGGGUCCCAGGACUUCCUCCUCCUGUGGAGACAGGUCACCGCACUCCGCGUACAGCUGGUCGAGCUGCGCACAACCGCGGAGAGGGCUCUCACCGACAUGCGCGCGGAGAUGGCCAGGACAGCCGGGCGCCUGCAAACGGCCUGCCUGGCCCUGGGCUCCAGGCUGCGGCUGGCGGCCAGCAGUGCGGCGGGCGCCCUGGAGCAGCGGCUGCGGGACCAGGUGCGGGAGACACUGCAGCUGCAGGGCCGCUGGGACGCAGAGAAGGUGGCGCUCCAGGCCAGACUCUCUGAGCAGACGCUGCUGGUGGAGAAGCUCACAGAACAAAACUCGAAGAAGGAGAGAACCAUCUCUUCCCUCAAAAUGGAUGUCCAGAAACUGGAGUCCCGGCGCAGCGGAGGCCAGCGGGCAGCGGACACUCUGGAGGACCAAGUUGAAGCCCUACAGCGUGUCUUGAAGAGCAUCACAGAGGUGGCCCAGGAAGACGCAGGGUGCCCGGAGCGGGCGUGCAGCGGCGGUCCCGAAGCUCAGGAGGCACAGGGCCAAGUGCGGAGGCCCGGGAGCUCUGCGUCCCCCCACCGCGGGGUGUCCCCAACGCGGGCCCACGCCCUGGACGCCCUGCACCCCGCACUGCAGGCUGUGCACGCGGCUAUCGAGAGGUGGCGGCUGCUGGAGCAGGAGCUGCGCCUGCAGCUGGGGUCCUCCCAGGCGGUGGCAGCCAGGCUCCGGGAGCAGCUGUCGGAGGCCCAGCGGGAGCUGCAGGCCGCAAGGAGGCUCCUACAGGAGCGGGCGCAGGAGCAGGUGCGGGAGCCCGAGGACCUCCUGCGCGAGCUGGAGGCGCAGAGCCGCGAGGCACAGCGCUGCAGGGAGUCCAGCGAGCUCUUGCAAAGAGAGAAAAGGGCUCUGGAAACGGCGGUGGAGGAGAUGAGAGGGAAGGCGGCCUGUGCAGACGCAGAGAAGCAGAGGCUGGAAGCCGAGAACACGGAGCUGCACAGGAGCCUCCUGCUGUGGGCGGAACAGAAGGAAGAGCUGGUGCAGCAGGGCAAGAGGGGCCGCCGGGAGCUGGAGACCAGUCAAGGGCGUCUGGAGCAGCUGGAGGAGAAGGUCUCAGGGCUCAAGAAGGAGCUGGUGUCCGCCCAGGAGGCGCUGAACUCGGCCCGGCUGCAGAGGGACGUUCUGGAGAGCGAGAGGGAGGGUCUGCACAGAGCCCUGGCCCGGGCCGAGUCCAGCAACACUGACCUGGAGCUGCUGGUGACCCGGCUGAAGUCGGAGGGUGUGGAGCAAAGGGACUCCCUGGCCAAGAUGGCCGCCCUGACGGAGGGGCUGGCUCGGGACAAAGGCGCCCUGGGCCACCAGGUCCUGCAGCUGGAGCAGGAGCGGGAGCGGCUGCGGGAGCGGCAGAAGGCUCUGGAGCAGGAGCGGGCGGGUGCCCUGGAGCGGCUGGCGCGGGCGGAGCAGCAGCUGGGGCCGGCGCAGCAGGCCUGCGGGCGCCUGGAGGAGCGGCUGCAGGGGCGGGAGGCCGCCUUCGAGCGCCAGAGGGCCCGGCUGCAGGAGCAGGUGGGCCAGGUCACGUGCAAGAAGCAGGCCCUGGAGGAGCAGCUUGCCCAGAGCCUGCAGGACCGGGAGGCCCAGCGGGACACGCUGCAGAGGACCCUGCAGGAGAAGGAGGCUCUGUCUGAGGAGCGGGCCCAGCUGCUGGCCAAGCAGGAGGCCCUGGAGAGGCAGGUCCGGCUCACGGCUGAGGAGGCGGCCGAGCUCAGGGCUGAGAGGGACUCUCUGGAGAGAAGCCUCUUUGAGACCCAGCAGCUGGUGAUGCAGCUCCAGGCACAGCGGGAGCAGCUGGAGGGACAGGCCCGGAGCAUGCGGCUCGCUCGGCAGGCCCUGCAAGUGGAAAUGCAGCAGCUGAGAAGUGCCUGGGAGGUCCAGGAGACAAAGCUGCAGUGGGACGUGGGGAGGCUUCAGCGGCAGGUGGCACAGCAGGAGCGGGACUUGCAGCUGGCCCUGGAGAGCCAGGCGCUGGCCCACCACGAGGACCUGGCUCGGCUCCAGAGGGAGAAGGAGUCCCUGAGUCUGUCUCUGACAGAGGAGAAGGAAGUGGCAGCUCACCGGUUGGAACAGGAGAAGAAGCUGGUAGCAAAGAAUGCGGCCAAAAGGGAGGCUCUGAAGGAGGAAAUUCAGAGCCUAAAGCAUGAGCGGGAUGAGAGUCUCCUCCAAUUGGAAAAUGAGAUGCAAGAGGCCCUAUCACUGAAAGAAGAAGAGAGGAGGCUGCUGAGGGAAGAACUCUUCAGAGCCAUGCAGGAGCUGGGACAGGUGCGGCAGGAGGCCCAGAGCCAACAAAAGCAAGCCGAGGCCACCGUCAGCGCCACGGCUGCGGAGCUGAAGGCCCUGCAGGCCCGGUUCGAGGACGCCAUCUCGGCCCAUCAGAGAGAGGCCGCGGCUCUGAGAGACAGUCUCCGGGAGAUGGCGGCAGAGAGAAGCAACGCCGGGAGAGAAGCGGAGGGGCUGCGGGCACAGCUGGACGAGGCCCGGGAGGCACUGGCCGUGCUGCGCGGGGAGCUGCAGGGCAGCGAGGAGAGCCGCGAGGGGCUUCGCAGGGAGGCCCUGGAGGCCCGCCGGGCGCUGGGCGAGGAGGCCCGCGAGAAGGCUGUGCUGAGGAGCUCCAACACCGAGCUGCGGGCCGCUCUCCGCAGGGCCGAGCAGGACAAGGCCAGUUUUCAGAGGUCCAAGGAAGAAAGGGAACAGAAGGUGCUGGUCCUGGAGGAGGCGCGAGCAGCGGCCCAGAAGGAGGCCUGUGAGCUGCGGGCCAGCCUACGGGAGGUGCAGCAGGCUCGCGCCGACGCCUGCCGGGAGCUCCAGGAGCUGGGCACACAGGUCCUGAGGCUGCGGCGGGAGCUGGAAGAGGCGGAGGCUGGAGCCGAGGCCCGUAAGCAGCAGCUGGAGGAGGGCCUCUGCCGGAGCCGGGGGGCCGAGCGGACCCUCCGGGCCGAGCUGCACAUGGUCACGGGGAAGCUGCAGCAGGCCGGUAGCGUGGCCGACGGCCUCCAGGCUCGCCUGGACGAGGCCGGCCGCCGGCUCCACAGCCUGGAAGGGGAGCUGGCCCGGGCUGAAGGUGCCAGGCGGCACGCGGAGGCCCAGCUGGGCCGGCUGUGGUCCACCCUGUGCCGCGGCCUGGGGCUGCGGGGACCGGGCCCCUCAGGCUCCCCCGAGUGGCCCGGCUUCCCCAGUACAGGCUCAGAGAGCAUCCAGAGCGCCGGCCCCCCGACCAGGUCCAGCUCACCACUCCGAUGGCCCUCACCGGCACCUGGGGACCCCUGCCCAGAUGUGGAGGACGUGGCCUCUGUGCGAGACGCCCUGACGGACUUUGUGCAGAAACUGCGGGUUGCCCAGAGGGAACGGGACGACUGGCACCUCCAGGUGGUGAGCCUGAGCGGCCGGCUGAGCGAGGCAGAGCGCGAGCGUGCCCAAGCCCAGAGCCGCGCGGCACGGCUGCAGGAGGCGCUGGCAGAGGCGGAGGAAGGUGACCCCCUUCCCUCGCCCCGGCCCCGAACACCGCCGACAGGGCCACAUCACCACCUCCCGGGCUUCCCCCCAAGCGCCCCACCCUGGCGGCCGGGAGGGGGCAGUCCCGGAAGCUGCUCGGGCGUGGGCCAGCGUGUCCCCCGGGUGUGCCCGGCCCUCUCACAGUGGCUCCCCGUCACCAGGGGAUGCGGUCCAGAGACCUUGCAGGGUCCGCAGACCCUCCUCCCACCACUGGGUCUGCCCAGGAGGUGUCUGGAAGGAGGAAUGUCUGUGGAAGGAAAGAACCUGGGAGAGAAGGAGCAGGCAGAGGGAGCCAGGACCCCAGACCCGCCCCCGGGGACCCUCAAGUGGCAGGGAAUUGCAAGCAAGCACCCUGCUCGCCCCGCAGCCCGGCGCCAGGCGGAGAGCGAGAGGCGCAGGGCCCAGGCAGCGCGCGCCCUGCAGGAGGAGGCGCUCCGGAGCCUGGAGGAGCAGCACCGGGCUGGCAGGCGGGCGGCCAGCUGGGAGAAGCGCAGGCUGCAGGAGCAAGUGGACGCACUGCACGGGGCCCUGGAUGAGAGCAGAAGGCACAGCCAGGGCCUGGCCCAGAGGGGGACGCGGCUGGAGGCGCAGGUCGCCUGCCUGGGGCGCAGAUGCCAGGAGGCAGAGGGCACGUUGGAGCCCGCGCAGACGGAGCAGGAGACGCUGAGGAAAGAAGGGGACACGGCAAGGCGGGGGGCCCGGAAGGAGCAAGUGCCCCAGCCCGUGGGCAGCCUGCACCAGGACGGGGACAGGGCGCCGAGGCACCACCAGCGGCGGCAGGUCAGCUGGGCCAGCCUCGGGGGUGCACCCAGGGGCGGGGAGUGUCCGGUGGGUCUCACGCCGCACAGCCCACGCGGAGGCGCCCACACAGCCGGGAAGGACGGGGUGGACCGCUCCCACACCGACCGAUGCGGAGACCCAGCCCCAGACGACAGUGGGGUCUACCAGGCUCACACCGCAAGGCGCAGGCAGAGGUGGAACCAGGGCCCAGGGCUCUGUGGGCCCCUCCUGGUCUCCUCCCCAGGCCCCACGGGAGUGGCCACACGGCCGAGGGGGCUUGUGCAGAACAGAGCAGGACGGGGAGGAGUGUGGGAAGCGCGGGGUCAGGCAGGCCUGUGGGCAAGUCCAGGGGCUGCUCCUGUGUGUUUGGGGGGCAUCUCCCCUCCCACCGCUGGCCAGACCCCUACCUCCACACAAGGACUUGGCAAGAGGGGCAGGGGCGAGAGUGAGUCUGUGACGCCCACGCGAACCCCCCCCCCCCCCGCACCCGACGCCUCCCCCAGUCCAGCCAAGCAGAAACUGGGAUACAAGGCCCAGGGGCUGAAUGGGGAGGGCUGGACGCCCUACCUUGGACUCUGUGCAGCUCUCAAGUCGGUGGGCAGCAGGGAGGAGCCCAGGUUCUCACCUCGGGCCCGGAGAGCGGAGCAGGCCCAGGCACAGGCCCAGCGGUCGGGAGCUGGCCACAGGGCCCGGCUGCAGGCUGUGCAGGCCCUGGAGAGCCGGCGGCAGACCCACCGGUAGCGGCGGCGGCCAAAGUUCCCGGAGGAGGAAGUGGCCAGUCUGAAGAAGCAGCCGGACCAGGAAGCACCUCGGCGUCAACAGGCCCGCCUCGGCCAGGCCUCGCGGGCCAAGAAGUGA